AUGGCUCCGGAAAGCGGCAAGACGUACAAGAUCAGAAACCUCCAGGUCCCCGAGAAGGUCGUCGACCUCUCCGGCGCGGACCAGAGGUCCGUUAUCGGCUGGAACGACAAAGGCGGCGGCCAGGAGGCGCACAACCAGGCGUGGAGGCUAUUCCGCCAGAACAGCGGCAACUGGACCAUUGAGUCUCUCAAGGCACCCGGCACCUUCAUCGGCAUCGCCAGCGGGCCCGGCGACGGCGUGCACCUCAUCGGUCAAGGUGUCCCGCUCGAGUGGCAGAUCAUCCCUAACCGUGAGGCGUUUGCUGGCGAAGGGUUCGAUAGCGAGAGAGAGGCGAAUGCGUUCAGGUUGUUGAUACCCGGAAUGUACUUCAACGCGGACUUGGCCGACCACGGCAACGCGCACACGAUCCAGUUGUGGGGCAAGUGGCGUGGCCAGAACCAGGCGUGGACGUUCGAGGAGUUCCGGGGAUAG